UAUUUCCAGUUUUUAUAUUCUAUGUAAUGCCUCUUUUGUAUUAAGUCUUAUAUAAUUAAAGUUGUAGUUAAAGUAAUAACAUAUUAAUUAUAAAGGUAUAUUUAUCUGGGGAAUUCAGGCAGUUGUGGAAUUGUUGUGGAAUUUGUUCUCUGUGUGUUUUUGAGGGGUGCCUAUGUGGGUUUCUUCUCUUACCUGGUGCUGCUGUUCUAGUUGUGUAUUUUGUUGGUGUAUGGGUAUGAGAUGUUUUGUUUCCUCCGUUUUUCUGUGUCUUUUUGUUCUUGUGCUUUGAUCUGAAAUACUUUUGUUAUUGUUGUUGUUUACAUAUAUGUUGUACAGGGGAAAUCCUGUCCGCUGUGUUGUCUCUCUCUCUGAUUGUAUUUUGUUGUUUGUUGUGAUUAUUUAGUAGGGUCUGUUUUAUGGUGGUGAAUUUCCUUGUUGGUAUGUAUUUUUAUAAUUCUUCACCAGCGGUAUAUGCCCAAACUGUGAUGAACUUGUUUGUAGCAUUACAGUGGUAGUUCUGGCAUGCAGCCACCAAGGAACAGUGAUUCUUGCUGGAAACCAUAAAAGUAUCAGGUUUCAGAAAUUAAGUUCCAUCCCCGUUGUGACCAGCUGACAAAGAGAAAGACACAAGCGUAUCAGCCACCAAGGGAUGGGAUGUGUGUCUCAUCGCCACGGAGCUGCAUGUGCGCCACCACCAAGGCAAAAUCUUCAGGCAGCAGAAAGGAAUGGCAUCAAAGCGGAAGAAGGUUUAUGAUGAAGGUGACCCUCCUCCUAAGAAAAGCGAGGCUGAUGCAACUGGAAGAAACUGAACAAGAACCUGUUCACUCGCUUGGAUAUGCUGUGGGUCUCAGAGGUGGCGCUGCACAAUGCAUAGGAGCUACGGAAGUAGCAGAGGAAGCUGGUGGCAGAACAGUUUUUGAAUCAGGCAAGAGGAAACAUAGUCAGAUUGACAGUUGCUCAGAUACUGAACAAUUUUGGGGCCCACAGGAAGGCCAUGUUGAAAAGAGAGCAGUGAAACCAAUUGAAGUAAGUAGAUUUUGUUCUGAUAUGGCAGGAUACACAGAAAUCAAAACCACCUUACAAGUAACAUUUCUAAACUGUCAGUUUGAAGGAAUCUGAAAAUUUGUCAGUAUGGUUCAGUUUAGGGUUCUGAAGUCUUUAGGGUUUUAUACUAUUGGUGUACAUAGUAGAUAUGUUUAUACUAUCAGUAUAUGUAUAUAAGUUAUAUACAGUUUAUCACUAAUGAUCAUCAUUGGCUCAAACUUUUUUUGUGAUUGCCAUAUGCACUUCCAUUUCCAUAAAUUAACAAGAGGUGAAGAAAGUGUACCUGUUUUAAAAUCAGCUUUAAUUGCUGAAAUUCGAGGUGAAAACCAAAACUUAUCUGCAACUGAAGGAACAACUGUGUCAAUGGUGUACCAAAAAUUUCUGCAACUGAAGAUAAUAAUGGUGCUGUGGUGAUAUCAAAAGACAUAAGGAACACAACUCAGUUAGUGUUUAAUAAUUCUGAAGGCAUCUU